AUGGAAGAACCCGGAGAAAUGACGGAAGAUGAAAUGGAAGCGGAAGAAUUUGUCAAUAAUAAUGAAGAGGGUGGGGGAAAAGCCAAUCAACCCGACAUUAGAGUUAAAGAAAUGUACGAUGCGGAAGAAAUGGACGAUACCGAAGAUGUCACGGAUUCACAGAUAAUGAUACAACUUAAAGAAGCGGAAGAAGAAGCCAAAGAAUUAAAAAGGGAAAUCGGAGAAAUUAAAAAGAAAAUUGCGGAAUAUCAAUGCAAGGAAGUCAUAACGAACGAUGAUAAGGCAAAGAUACAAAAUUUACAACAAACCCUCAUGGAGAAAACCGCACUCCUCGACGAACUUAUAAAAAGGAUAGCCAAAUUGAUGGAAAUGGCGGGAAAGGGUUCGCUAGGUGAAGAAACGACCGUUUUGGAUGAAGACGAAGAAGAGGAUAAUUUUCCCGACGAUUUGUUACCGAGAGUCGUGAUAUGCAGUUCAUGGGAUGACAUGAUGCCCAAAGUUGUCGUUUGCAUGGAUAUGAAAAAACCGAAUGCGAAUAAGAGAACGGAUUCCGACAGAGACGAAAACGGUUUGACGCCGGAACAAAGAGAAGAAUUAGAAAAGGAACGUAGGUGCAUGGCGGAAGAGAGGAAUCGAUUGCAGUAUCAAAUAGCUUGCAUGGAGGGAGAAAUGAGAGUCAUGAUGAGAGAAAACGACAUGUUGAGUAAAAAAGUGGCUCAUUUGAAAUCGGAAUUGGAAAAUACACCCCCGUUCGAAUUUGAAAUGUCCGUUUCGGCGACGAAAACACCCGGAACGGGAUGUCCGAAACACGGUAAUCCGGAAUCCGGUUACGCCGUCAUGGGUCCUCCGUCUAGUUACACGGCAACCGGAGCCGUACCACCCGGACACGAAAUGCAAGGAAAAUUUGCCGUCGCUGGAGCACCGCAACAACUUCCUCCAGGUUUUCCAAUAAGUACCUAUCAAGCGAUGCAUCACAAUGCGCCGAUGCAAUCGAAUAAAACGGCAGCGUCGUCUCAACCUCCAGGACCGGGACAAUUACCGUGCGGUGGAAUGACUGGAAUCGCGGGUAAAACCGUACCAUGUUCGAAAUUGCAACCGACGGAACCCCUCAUGACGAAUCCGAACGAUUGGUCGGCCAUGAUGCCACCAUACGGUAAAAAAUGUCGAAAAGAUUUCAACAACGCUCAACAAACGACCGGAAAAGGUUGCGAAUUUUGUCAAAUGUGUUCUCAAGGUGGAGGUUGUGGAGCUUGUUGUGGCGGUGGCGGCGGUUGCGCCGGAGGAAGCGGAGGGAAUUAUUACAGCAAUUUAGGUGGUGGAAUAGCACCCCCGUCUCCCUACGCGGGAAUACAGGGUAACAUGAUCAAACCGGCACCGGUCGACGUGAGUUUUAAAGUUAACGUACAACCCCAGGGCGGAAAUUGCGACAACAAUUACAACAACAUUAACAACGUAAACAAACAAUCAUUUGAUGAUCCCAACAACCGAAGCAAUAAAAUAGCACAACAAUUACAAGAAAUUGAAGUCGAACUACGAAGAAUGCAAAGGGAUUUGUGUAAAGCGAAAAACGACAAAGAAACAUUAAAAGCUCAACAAGCAACUUUAAACUGUGCUAAAAAUUUUCUCAUUUGA